AUGACAGCCGUGGUUCAUGAGGCAAAGCGUGUUCCCAUCAAUCUCAUUUCACUGGAGGACCGGGUUUUAAGGCACCCAGUCGCAAACCACCAUCAGGAAGACUCCGGAUGGCGGCCGCUCGGGCAGGGCCGCACGGACGAGCUGAUGUUGGAGAUCAGCAAAGGCCAAUGGGGCCGAUCUAAUUUAGCCCCGCCCUCUUUGAUGGUGGAUGACAGCAAGCUUGAUGAGCUUGGUAUCGGCGCGGAGGGCAAGCUGGUGAUCAAGUUGGGUGUAAUGUGUCAAUUGGUCGAGUACGACUCGACCGAUGUCCAGGACAUUCUCAUGCACCAGGGCGUCCAGCACGAUGCAGAGUCCGCCUCGAACAAGUUCAAGCAAACAAGCUUGCAAUCCAAAUUCGAUAUCAUCGUUGCUGCGCAGGGGCGGGUUCCUGGUGGCGCCAUGGAGGAGGCAGUCAAGUUGCUGGUGAAGCAGUUUGGGGUCUCCAAGAAAGGGACCUUCUGGAGAUGGGCCCACAUGCGGCAGGUCCUUCCGGAGGAGGUCUUCGACAACCGCUACUUGUGUGGCGUUGGGGAGGCGGCCAAGUACAGGCUGGGCCCUGGGUGGGCUCUCGCCGCUUUCCAGCUGCUGCUUGAUCACCUGGAUGGCCAAGUUCUCCAAGUGACGACUGCGCAGUUCAGCAAUGACUUCUGCAGACCGCUGAAAGCGGCGGAGGUGUGGGUGAAGCAGCAGCUGUCGGCCCACAAGAAGAUUGCAGAGUCAAGUGGAAGCUUCCAGUGCCCCAGCUUGCAGUUGCGCGUCACCGCCUGGCUCCAGUCCGACAAAGGACGCAAGGCCGUGCUGAAGUGCUUGGGUGAGAAAGUCCCCAUCAACAGCAUGGAAGAGCUCAAGCGCAUGGCCGAGCAGCUGAAGGAGAUGGCGAAAGCAGGUGCAACAGUGUCAGAGUCAACCUCGAGCUCGCCGCCAGUGUCAGGGGAGCCUGCUGCGGCCGGAGAGGCCGCUGAGAUUGGUGAGGAUGUUGACACCUCUGUCAACGUCGAGAUGCAGGAUGCGCCCGCGAAGAUUGAUCCGCAGCUCGAGCAGGCCGAACGCGAGGCGACCGCCGAUCUCGUCAAGUGCACCGUGCACUUCGAGCGCAGAGAUUGGGUCGAGGAGUUGAAGCUUCAUGUCUUUGCUGGCAGCAAGACCAUUGCUGUCGUCGACAGCCCGACAAGCAAGGUCAAGCACGUCCUGGAUGAGCUCAAUUUCAUGUCCGAUGCGAUCAAGAACCACAUGCACCCCGAGACCGUGAAUGUUAUAGUGCCGGUUGGAAAGCGCUUGGAUCUUUUGAGCAUGGUCGCGCAGAAAGCUGAGCUUCUCUUCCCGAAGCGGAAAGUGUUCACACUGGCAGUGACUGCAGGUGAAUCGCAGACGCUCAAGCGGGUGCCCAACGACAUCGUGUACAUCCCGGGCCCGGCUUCCAAGGAGAAUGUGCCGGUCCUGGUCAAAGCGAACAGUGUCAAGGCCUCCACGUGGGAGGGCCUUCGCCUGGUCUGCAAGAGCCGUACAUGCAGCCAUCGCGACGCCCCCGCAAACAAGGACGAAGCCGACUUGCACGAGGAGAUCUCCCCCGAAGACAUGGACGAAGACUGCGAUGCCGACAUGGACAUCCAGGAAGAUGAAGACGAAGUUGUGAUGAUGGAAGAUGUUGUUGAGGAGGGCGGCAGUGCCAAGAAAAAGAAAGAUUACACAGUUGCUCUGUGGCCCUUCGCCAAGCCGAUUCAACAUUGGAAAAUCAUUCUGGAUCAGGUGGCGCAUGCUUCCAGUGCCAAGUACCUGGUGUGUAUCAGUCGGCAGAUGGUGACGCAGCGGUUUCUUGUGCAGGCCAGGAAGCAGCAGGGGGUGAAGCGUGCUGCUUCUCGGGGUGGCCUUUCCUUCAUCGGAGCCACUGUCCCCGACGGCGAGAUGACCAUUGUCAAGGAGGUCAGCCUGGACGGUGCUGCGUGGCCUUCUGGGCUUAACUCCUGGCCUGAGAACCUCCAGGAUCGCUGUGUCGAGCUGCUGCACAAGGAGCUUGGCCAAUGCGACUUGGCGCUCGUCGACACGAAGUUCGGCAAAGGCCUCGAGACCACGAGAAGCUAUCGAGAUGGCGACAUCAUUUGCCAUGCCUCUGCCCUGUGGUUCGAUGAUCUGAACCUCUUGAAAAAGUUUUUGGCUCAACCCGGCCACAGUGUCCUCCUGGACCGCCUGAUUCGCGUGGACAAUAUGCCGAUCACGGCCGACGAGACUGCAACUUUGUAUGGAGCGCUUGUAGGUGCGGCUUCCUACUUGCAGCAUUACUUGGGCCUGUCCAAACGAGGCGCGAAUGUGGAGCUCGUGCCGAUGUGUGGUAAUGGCUUGUCUUCGACACUUGUGGCUGUUCGUGUGCGCACCAGGAACCACACUGGAAUCUCAUCUCGCACACUUCUAUGCUUGAACUACGGGAUGGACUAUGAUUUCAGUGUCGGCCAGGAUGGGGCAGAAGAUGAAGCCGAAGCCAAACGCUUCAAAGGGCGACUGGAUCAGUUGUUCAAGCAGCAACAGCAGUGUCAGAGUGGGGAUGAUGACAAGCAGAAGGACGCUGCGACCACGGACCAGCCUGUGGAUACAAAGGACGGGCAGCAAGGGUCGGGGCAAGCGCAGGGGCAGGGCGGCAAUAACAUGACGAUUUUGAAGUCUUUGGAAAUCUUCAACUUCGGGAUGAUCCAUGGAGACAACAACGAUAUCAAGCUCAUUCUCACGGCGAAGGAUGACGCGAAGGGCAACAAGAAAGUGUCGCCCAACAGUGUCUUGCUCUUUGUGGGCAACGGCAAUAUCAAAAAAAACAAGGAUGGCAACACCUCGGGGAACAUGUUGUACAUGUUCCCCAAAGCAGACAAGUGCUCCGUGAUCUUUGCGUUGAAGGUGACGAAGAAGGACUCCGACGGCAAGGAGAAGCAUAUCGACUAUGUCGCAGACCUUGACAAAGUGGAGACAUUGUCAGCCCUGAUCACCCGUAAGAAAGCCAAAGAGGUGGUCAAUGCUGGGACCUUCCCACCUGGCGUGCCGCCCGUGUCGCUGGGCUCCAAGGACAUGUUCUUUGAGCCCACUGAGGAGAACGCCAAGUUGGUGGUGUACCCUAGCUGA